AGAGUUGGGAGCAUGCAACGCAACAGCUGUUUGUUGUUUACAAACUUUCUUCUAGCAGGUUGUUCAGUUUUGUAUUUCCAGCCCAAAAAAAUGGAAAAUUCCGAAUAUUUUCUGGUGAAAAAUGUACCUGUUGCAGUUAAUAAUGUCAACGCAGUUUGUCGGUGCUGUCUGACGUCGGAAAAGUUGCAGAUAAUCUUCACCAGCGGCGGAAAAGUGAAUGGCGACUUAGAAGACGUGUUGGGUCCGGGCUACAUAUCUGUGAAAUCGGAUGACGGUCUGCCGGAUUUGAUCUGUAGUACGUGUGUCGAGGUGCUUCGAAAUUGGCACCGGUUCCGUUUGAAAUGUGAUGAAUCGUACAAAUUGCUUGAACGAUUGCAAGAUUGUCCCAUUGAUGUGCUCGAGGAGCCGGAGGAAGUUUUUGUUGAUUCCACAUCAGUGUUGGCAGUAAGUCCGACACCGGAUAAUAUCAAAAUUGAGGAACAGGAGAUCUUCAUUGAAGAAGAAGUUGUUGAUGUAUUUGAGCAUAAACCGGAGGAAUUGAACCCAGCGGAUCAGAACACUGUUACUACUCGUGCAAAUAUAAAGGCAGAGUCGACACCAAUUCCGUUUGCAUUGAUGGUACAUAGUGCUAAGCUCGUCGAAAAGCAAAUAUUGGGAGACAAGAAGAAACGGUACAUUUAUCAUCGCCAAUGUCCAAUCUGCGGUAUAGUAUUGAAACGGGGCCUGCGAGAGCACUUGAUGAUCCACAACGAUCCGACCGGGCGACCGUUCAAGUGCGACAGCUGUGAAAAAACGUACUGCCGUAGGGAUAAUUUACGCCAGCACCAAGAACGAGAGCACCUCAUGAUCCGCUAUCCGUGUGACUUUUGUGGGAAAGUUUUCAGUACCAGAGAUGUCCUGAAUGCCCAUCGGAAGUUGCACAACACGGAAAGUUUCGAAUGCGAUCAGUGUGAUCAGGUGUUCAAGUCGAAAAAGUAUCUCUACAAGCACAAGCAAAAACAUUUGGGGAUCAAAAAAUUCAUCUGUAAAUACUGUGGAAAAUCAUUCUUGGUCGGCGAAUAUCUUAAAGACCAUCUGCGAAUACACACUGGUGAAAAACCGUUUGAAUGUAAAAUUUGUGGUAAAGCUUUCCGCACAACGAAUCACCUGAGGCAACACAACCGAACGCAUUCCAUCCUGGUUGCUUCCAGCGAGGAACAUCCUACUGAUGAUGGAGACGGUCCUAAAAGUGCGCUUAUCGUUGGCAUGUAGCUUUAUAAAAUAGAUAGUAAUGCAAUAUUAUUACCAUUUUUUGGACUUAAAACUAAGUGUAAGAGGGCAAGAUGGGUCACCUAAGGUGUCUCCUUAAUAUCUUAAACCCAAAGAAAUCUAAAUUGCUCUAAUAAUGAAUUUAGGCAACGUGACAACAAAACAUAUUUCGUUUCGU